CUGCUGUACUUUGGAGUGGUGGAUCGGUCUUCCCAGCACCGAUUGCAGGCUUUGACUCUACUGUCAAAGACGGACACAUAACUGAGAACGACAAGAUGGCCGGAGCUUGUUUAUUGGCCCUCAUUGCUGGUUUACUCCUGAAGGUUAAUGGACUGGCAGCUGAAAUCACAGAGGAGAACACAGGAGCUGUGUUUGUGUCUCAGGAGGCAGCACACACAGUGCUGCAUCGUCAGCGCAGGCACAACAGCGGCCAUUUGGAGGAAGUGCUUCAGAAAGACAAUCUGGAGCGGGAGUGUAAAGAGGAAGUCUGCUCAAUGGAAGAGGCCAGGGAGGUGUUUGAGAACGAUGAAAAAACUAUGGAAUUCUGGAUUGAAUACAUUGAUGGUGACCAGUGUAAGCCACCGCCCUGCCAGAAUGGAGGUGUAUGUGAAGAUGGAAUCAGCACCUACGUUUGCUGGUGCAAACCAAACUUCAGUGGCAAGAACUGUGAAAUCGAGGUGACCAAGCAGUGUUCUGUCAACAAUGGUGGAUGCUCCCAUUUCUGUGUGGUGCAGGCAGAGCGCCCUGUGUGCCAGUGUGCCCCUGGUUACAAACUUGGGUCAGACAAGAGGAGCUGUGAACCAACAGGACCAUUCAGCUGUGGUAUAGUGAACAUGUCCACCCCAUCCAGCUCCAGGUCCAUCAUAAACCUACGGUCAUCAAGCACAUCAAGGGCCUCUGAGAGUAGCUUCAAUUUCCGUGGAACUCUACUGGAUGACUACUAUGAGGACAAUACAACACAGUUAUAUGAUUACUACGACCUCCCUAUGAAUGAUUCUGACCGAUACACCAACUCUGCGGCCUCUGCAAUAGACGUACGAUCAGUGAAGUCAGACUCAAGCUCUUCUAUAAAUCCAGCUGAGGUUGCCAUGAACAGUAGUGACAUGAGCGGUCUCACUGAAACGGCCACAGAGAAAAAGCAGUUGUCCUCCUGGGCUUUCCCCAUGCUCCCCACCAUCACAGCAGAACGCAACGAUGACCAGAGGAUUGUGGGAGGCGACGAGGCCAUUCCUGGAGAGAUACCUUGGCAGGUGACCCUGAUGUCUCACUCAAACGCCCUUGGGAGAGCGCAACCCUUCUGUGGAGGAUCCCUGCUCAGUGAAUUAUGGGUCAUCACUGCUGCUCACUGUCUGGUGCAGGCUGAUAUCCCUAAAACAGGUUUCUUCGUCAGAGUGGGAGAACAUGAUGUGAGUCAGGUGGAAGGUCCAGAGAGAGAUCAUGUGGUGGCAGAGCAGCAUAUCCACCCCAAUUACAAUUAUAAGAAGUCACCAUAUAACCAUGAUAUUGCACUGCUGAAGCUCGCCAAUCCCGUGGAACUGUCCAACCAACGGCGUCCCAUCUGCCUGGGCACCAAAGACUUCACAGAGACCAUAAUGAGGGAGUCCAGCAGCUCCCUGGUGAGCGGCUGGGGACGGAUGAAGUUCCUUGGCAUCGAGGCCAUGAAACUCCAGAAGCUAGAGGUCCCCUACGUGGAACGCACCCUGUGUAAACAGAGCAGCCGGGACCACAUCACACGCUUUAUGUUCUGUGCUGGCUUCCAAAAUAAACAGAAGGAUUCGUGCCAGGGGGACAGUGGUGGCCCACAUGCCACCAAUUACAAAGGCACUUGGUUCCUGACUGGUGUUGUCAGCUGGGGGGAAGAGUGCGCCAAAGAUGGGAAGUAUGGCAUCUAUACUCGAGUCUCGCGGUACUACACGUGGAUCAGUCAGAGAACAGGGAUUCAAAUUACCAACUGAAAAACAGAUUCAUACAAAGAACCCAGCUGUCAGACAAGAAAACAAUUCGCCUUGUUCAUACAUUGAGAAAGUGAACGGUUUAACUUUCCAAUAAAACAUAAUCAAAAUA